AUGAGCUCUAGGACAAAAAAUAACACAGAUUUGUUAAAAGAAAUACCAGAGAUAGAGGUUUCUAAGUGGGAUAAGUUAUAAUAAAAACGCAUAAAGAUUAAAAUAGAAAUCAUAAUUAACUCUGAUGAUAACCUAAUCUUAUAUUCAUAUAAAGGUGCUAUUUUGAAAAAGUAACAAACCAAACCAAAUACUUUUUAUAAUAUUGAGCAGAUCGUAUGUUUAGAUUGGUAAGGGGAAUAUGGAGAGAACAAUUUGAAAUCGGGCAAGUGGAAGGCUAUUUGGAAAGGAAAAUAACUAAAAGUGGAUGGUGGAUACUAUGAAAAUGGAAUGAAGUAAGGACUCUGGAACGAAUUAUUUAAGAAUUAUUUUUGUCACUCUUAAGUGUAUGAAUAGGGGGAGUAUCUUAAUAACAAAAAGGUAGGAAAAUGGCAAUAUUUUAAUCUGAAUGAUGAGAUCGGCGGUGGAUCAUAUGAUGAAGGAGGUAUAGGAAUAAAGGUUGGCAAAUGGAUUGAUUUGGAUGAAGAAUUUUAUAAUGGUAAAUAAGUAAUUUUUGGAGGAGAAUAUAAAAAUGGUAAAAAAGUAGGUUUAUGGAGUACUUGGUUCAAUAAUGGAAACGGAUACAAACAGAUGUAAAAAUAUGAUAUAAAUCUAAUUAUGCAAAAUUUUCUAGUGGUGGAGGAUCAUAUGAUGAAGGAGGUAAUGGAAUAAAGGUUGGUAAAUGGUUUGAUUUGGAUGAAGAGUUUUAUAUUGGUAAAUAAGUAAUUUGGGGAGGAGAAUAUAAAAAUGGUAAAAAAGAAGGUUUAUGGAGUAUUUGGUUCAAUAAUGGAAAUGGUUACAAAUAAAUGUAAAAAAUAUGAAAUAAAGUGUCUAAUUAUGCGAAAUUUUCUAGUGGUGGAGGAUCAUAUGAUGAAUUCGAUGGUAAAAAAAAUAGGGAAGUGGAGAGAAAUGAAUGAAAAUUGUACAAGUCUAAUUAAUAGCGGUGAAUAUAAAAACAAUAAAUAAAUUGGAAGAUGGGAUAUUUGGUUCAAUUAUAGUGAAAACAAUAAAUAGAUUGUUCUAGUGGUGGUGGAUCAUACGAUGAAGAAGGUAGAGGAAUUAAGAUUGGGAAAUGGGUUGAAAUAAAUGAAAAAACAUUUAGUGUUUCAAAAUAACUAAGUCACAUUGGUGAAUAUGUAAAUGGUGAAAAAUAAGGUAUUUGGAAAAGUUUCUGGAGUUAAAUAUAUUUGCACGCUUGCUAUUUUUUAUGAUCAAAUGGGAAGAAUGAAAAAUAAAAGCAUGUCUAAGAAUGGAACUACUUUAAUUGGAGAAACAAAACUUGGCAAGAAAGUUGGCAAAUGGGAAAUUUUUAGUGUAAAAAAUCAAUAUUUUGGUGGUGGUUUCUAUGCUCAAGGCUUUAAGAAGGGGAAGUGGAUCGAAACGGAUUAGCCAAACUAAAUUACUUAAAUUGGUGAAUAUAAAAAUGGUAAAAAGGUGGGUAGAUGGGAUAUGUGGAAAAACUAUUUUAAUGAUAGUUAACCAAAUUUAAAAAUUGGGGAUAUAUGUUUUAGCGGAGGAGGAGAAUAUGAUGAAGAAGGUCUAGGCAUGAAAAUAGGAAAGUGGACUUUAUAGGAAAUGAAAUGGAGACAUGACAUACGAACGUAUAUUGGUGAAUAUAAAAAUGGUAAUAAAGUUGGUGUUUGGAGAAUAUACUCAGAAGGCAAUAGAUUGAUGUUUUGUGUUUUAUAUGAUUUAGAUGGCAUUGAGAUAGAUGUAAGUUAAUAGAAAGAUAGGGUUUUCGAAAGAGGAUAAGUUCAAAAAGGUAAAAAAGUUGGUAAAUGGGAAAUUUUUGGGGAAAAUUGGGAAUAAAUUGGCGGAGGAUCAUACCAUGAAGAAGGUGAUGGUACUAAGACUGGAAAGUGGAUUGAAGUAAACUAGACUAUUAUAGUUUCAAAAAAAUAAAAUAUCUUUGGUGAAUAGAAAGAAAGAAAUUAUUUAAUUUAUGUUGGUGUGUAUAAAAAUGGGAGAAAAGUUGAUAGAUGGGAGAGUUGGUUAAAAGAAGAUGAAGAUAUUUUAAUUGGAGGUGGAAAUUAUGAUGAAGAAGGUAAUGGCAAUAAGAUUGGGAAGUGGAUUGACUUGGAUGAUUAAUUUUUAGAAGGAAAAUAUAUAACUUAAAGAGGUUUGUAUAAGAGUGGGAUAAAAGUUGGUAGGUGGGAUAUUUUGUUUUCAGAUAUACACAAAAAUAAAGAUGUUUAAAUGUAAAAAAAUUUAAUUAACAGAUAUAUCUUUUGAAAAAUUAUAGUGGAGGUGGAAAUUAUGAUGAAGAAGGUAAUGGUAAUAAGAUUGGGAAGUGGAUUGACUUGGAUGAAAUAUUUUUAAAAGGA